AUGCUUGGGAACACAUCUUUCCCUAAUGUUACUCUCGUCCUAGAGAAACUAAUCUCAUCGUCGAGUGCCAACCCUCGAGCACGAGUGUCAACUUUGGGGGACGUGAGGAAAAGGCUUCAGGAGUCAUCCCUGAGGAAAAACCCGGAGCCGGAGUCCUUAAGGCAGUUCGUUGUCGCUUGGGACCUCAGUCUGGCAACUCCUGCGACGCCGCUGGUGCCAAACUGUCUUCCUUCUAAUCCCCAACCCCUAAACCCCAACCUCCUAAUCCCCACCAACACCCUAAUCCCCAACCUCCUUCCCCUUGUAAUCCCCAACCUCCUAAUCCCCAACUCUCUAAUCCCCAACCUCCUAAUCCCCAACCUCCUAAUCCCCAACCUCCUAAUCCCCAACCUCCUAAUCCCAAACCCCCUAAUCCCCAACCUCCUAAUCCCAAACCCCCUAAUCCCCAACCUCCUAAUCCCCAACCCCCCAAUCCCCAACCCCUUCCCCCUAAUCCCCAACCCCUUGCAAUCCCACCUCUCAGAUCCACACGGCAAUUACAUGCGGUCAGCUCCGUCAGCUUGA